AACCAAUGAAAACUGCGAAAAGCAACAAGCCUUCAAUCACUGCAAUGAACGUGGCUAUGUCUAGAAACAUCCCGAACAAGUCGUAGCAAAAGGAAACAAAAGAAAGGAAAGCUCCUGUGUUUAUAUUAAACUAACAAAUGACAUUAAAAAGGAGUACUACAAAGUUACACAUAGGAACACAUAAGAAUGCCAACAUUUGUUUAAACAUCAUAAGACAAUAAAUCAACUGUUUAUUUGCUGCAAAUCUCUUUUAACAAGAUAAAUUUAACACAAUGCAACCAGUUUCCUAGAUGAAAUAUGAAGAUCACCUGGUUAGUUUGGAAACUCAUAAAGACAAGUUCACAACACAAAAAGAUCCAUUGGCUGUAGUAUGGAUAUAAAUUCAUCUGUUUAUAGUGCCACAAUUCAACCAGAUAUGAAUUCUUCACCUUUUGAUACAACUGAACAGGACCAGUCAGUAUUUAGAACACCAGAAAGUCCUACAUGUAUAGGUUUGACUUGUUCUAAUCCAUUGACCGUGAAGGUGGACCAAACUGACAGUCCUCAUACAAACUCACAAAUAUCAUCACCACAAAGUGUACAUUGUACAUCGCCAUUAAGUGACCCAUUUAUAAGUAGUACAUCAAAUCUAGUUGAUAGUGAUUUUAAUUUAUUAUCUAGUGGUCAAAACUUAACUUCAUUUUCAUCUGCCAUCACUCAUCCCACUACAUCAACGAUAGGAAAUUCUGGAAUGCAUGUAGAACAAUUAUUAACUUGUCCAGUAUCAACAAACAUGAUUCCAAGGAUAUGUAGUCCGCAGGAUAGUUUGAUAUCCAGUCCAGUCAACGGAAGUGAUACCAUUUUAUCAUCUCCGGAUGGCAAUGUCAUGGACUCUGCUAACACGGAAUACACUCUUCUUGACCGUGCUGGACGUUUUAAUAUUAAUGAUAGUGAUUCACCAAAUUUUGAUGGUGUGAGAUUUGACCAUGAAAAUGAUCAUGGCUUUGAACAACUGUUAGACUAUGUUGUGACAGAUUCUGAUUCCCAUAAAGUGCCAAAAGUCCGACGAGACUCAGAUGCACCUUCAUCUAUUAACAAGGAGGAUGUGACAGUUGACAAGUUGUUUGAGGCUGAUUUGGCCAAUUCUACAGCGGAAUUCAGUUUUAGUAAGUUUGGAUCUGAAGUUUCACAAGGAAUAUUUACGUUUGGAGGAAACAAACCAUCUGGAGCUGAUACAACAAGUACAAACACAACUCUACUGGUAACAAGUGCAAUAUCAGCACCAACUCUAACUACAAUUUCAACAACUGCUCCUGUUACGCCAAUUACAAGAUCUCAAAGAGGUAGACACUUAAAGGAACCAAGUCUCUGUCAACAGUAUCCCAGUAGAACUGAUAAAUAUGAAUUAAGAAUACUGGAACAGCCUGAAGAACAACACAGAGCUCGGUAUCUUACAGAGGGCAGUCGUGGAGCAAUCAAAAAUGUUUCUCAAGAAGGCAAUCCUGCUGUAAAGUUAUUUGGUGAAGUAGAGAAUGCCACAUUACAAGUAUUUAUUGGAAAUGAUCAGGGUAGAGUAAAGCCUCAUGCUUUCUACCAGGCCUGUAAAGUUUGUGGUAAGAAUUCUACUCCAUGUCAGGAGAGAGAGAUAGAUGGAACAAUUGUUAUAGAGAUGGAAAUGGACACAGCCAAUGAAAAAACUUGCUCAAUCGAUAAUGUGGGUAUUUUAAAGCUUAGAAAUGCUGAUGUUGAAAAUCGAGUUGGUAUUCAGAAGGCUAAGAAGAAAAGUACCAAAGCUCGAUUGAUCUUUAGGGUACAGUUUCAGAAACCUGAUGGAAACAUUCAGAUAUUACAAAUUGCUUCUCGUUCAAUCAACUGCACUCAGCCUAUAGGACAACCAGAGAUUUGUAAAAUGAGCUCUAGAGAAUGUACUGUCAAUGGGAAUGCUGAAAUGAUCAUGAUUGGAAAGAAUUUCAUGAAGGGGACUAAGGUUUUUUUCCAAGAAUUGAAUGGUGAAGAUGGUCCAGUUGUCUGGGAAAAAGAAUCAGAAUUAGACAAGGAUUUUUUUCAACCAACUCAUUUGGUUUGUACAGUUCCUCCGUAUAGUGACACAAGUGUAGCUAACAAAAUAACAGUGCAGGUAGUGGUCAGAUGUAGUGGUAAGCAAAGCGAGCCCCAGACCUUUACAUAUACACCAGUGUUUCAAGUGAAGCAAGAAACUCCAAUGGAGACAGAUGAAGAAGAGCCUGUUCAACAGAACCUAGGACCAUUAAAUAUAACUAUAGCUCCAGAAGCUUUAAGGUUGAACCAGCAACUACAAGAAAGUUUGGCCACCAGUCAUGGUAAAUUCCUGUUACCCGAUGGGACCGUUCCAGGAGUCACAAGUAUGCAGGUUGAUCAUCAUACCUCAGACCAAAAACCAGUUGAACCUGGACAUGAGGAACAGCCGAUAUUUUUACAAGAAACAAAAACUAAUACAGAACAACAUGAUAAUGGUCAUUUUACAAAUCCACACAACAACACAGAACCAAUCAGUCUGAAUACAUCAGACCUCAACUCCAUUCUGAAAUCUUUGGAUGAUAAACCCUUGACCCUUCAAGAAAUGCUGAGUAAUCCUACCCAGAUAUCCUGUCAGUCAUCAUUUCCAACAUCAAAUGUAAUGAAUGUGAACAUUUCAGUAGCUAACAGUAACCAGACUACCAAUCUUACAAAUGCAAGCACUGUACAGCAACAUAGUGAAGUGACAUCUCCACAACAACCUGUUAAUUCUCCAUUGGUUAAUGCUCUGUCAAGCCCACAAGGUUUUAGUGGUAUGAUGUUCAACAGCUUACCCAAUAAUCAACCUCAAAGUUAUGAAAAUACCAGUGUUUAUGUAGUUAAUGAUUCCGAAGUAAAGUCACCUAAACUGGAACAAUCUGAUUCAGACAAAGUAAUGACCAGCACUGAAUCAGAUAAAACAUUUGAACAAAUUAUAGGUAAUGCUAACAACCAGCAUGAAUUUAUAUCUAGUCAAAAUAAUACGGAAAUUAUUUCAAAUUUUCAUUCUGACCUUAAUAACUGUCAAAACAUACCACAGAGUUCUGGAAAUAACCAAAAUUUACAUCAGACCCUUGGAAGUGACCAAAAUUUACAUCAGACCCUUGGAAGUGACCAAAAUUUACAACAGACCAUUGGAAGUCACCAAAAUUUACAACAGACCUUUGGAAGUGACCAAAACUUACAACAGACCUUUGGAAGUAGUCAAAACUUACAGCGAACUCUUAGUAGUAAUGAUUCAUUGCUUCAAACUCUUGGAAAUGGUCAAACUCUUACAAAUAGUCCAGAUUUGCAACAAAACAUUCAACAAAAUGUUAUCUGUGUCAAUUUUAGUACUACACCAACUGUAAGUAAUAUUCAAAACAGUGCACAAGUGUUACAAGGAUUUCAAGAUAUUCAGAAUAACACACAAUUACAAGGAUUUUCUAAUUUGAGUAAUGUCCCACAACAGAAAGAGAACGUUGUAAUGGCUCAGCAUAUGUCAAAUCAUGAAGUAUUUACACCAGGGUUUACUGUUAAUACUUCAGAACAGAAUGUACCAAGUUAUUAUGUGAAUACUAGACAAGCAGAACAAAUUAAUGUUCUGCAAGGAUUUACAAACAGUGACACAUCAGUUAAUACAAGUAACUUGAAAACUGGACAAGGCUAUGAUAGUUUAUCAACACCUAGUAAUGUGAACACCAAUACUGUGUCAGUAGCCUCUGCUGAUAAUACAGGACAACAAAGUGGUUAUUCUGAUGUAGCUAUGAGAUUACUACAACAAUUAUUGACAAAAUCUACGAAUUCAACCACAUCUGUGACAAAUCAGGUUCCUUACAGUUCACAGAGUACAAGUAAUGUGAUGUAUUCAUCUGCUCCUAGAAUUCAGCCAGCUUUAUUUACUGGUAUACAAUCAAGUCCUAGUACACUGAACAUACCAACAACAGCACUACAACAAUCUAUAUCUUCUCCUUAUCCCCAACCCAGAGUUCAGAUCUCUAAUCAGGGUCUUCUUCAUCAUAUAUUAAGUCAGGGUUUAGUUGACAAGAAGCCUGAAGUGUCUGAACCGCAAACUAUAAAUUCUGGAAAUGUCAUACCAGACGUUCAACAACUAGAUAGCUUACGACUACAAGCCAUGGCCCAGCAAGUACAACAACAAGCUCAGCAAGCACAGAAUUCUCAACAGACAACAAAUGGAAAUCAAUCAAGAGGCCCACAGAUAAUUGUUCUUGGAGGAAAUUCUGGUAUGCCAGUCCAGAAUCCCACUAAUAGCACUCCUGCUGCUGCUGCUUCUGCUCCUCCAAUACUGAUCCUGGCAGGCGGUGGUGGUGACAAUAACAAUGCACAGUCACAAGUUGAAAACAUCCUGAGAUCCAUCCUUGGUUCAUUAAAGCCAGGACAAUGACAAUGAUAAACAAGGACAUUUAUAGUGAAAAGGAAGUCUGAAAUUUUUAACAAAGAGAGCUGUUAUGUCACAAAUUUCAUAGAACACUAUUUAGAAAGAAAGAGAAAGAACAGAACCAAGUUUACAUCUGAGAAUUCAUCAUGUUUGUUUUAUUUUCUUACACUAUAGUGCUUAAGUUAUGUUGUGCUAAAUUUGAAUUUGAAAAUUUAGAUGUAAAAUUUCUUCCAAUAAGAAAUUUAUUGGUUGUGGUAUGGCCACAUUCAAUAGAAGAAUGUGUUUUCUGACAUUUUGUUGAAAUGCUAAAUUUGUGUUAGUAAUAUCUAGACUGUCACGUCGUGAUGUGGUUACACUCCAUAGUGCUAUGGUGUUGUAGGGUUGGAUUUAAUUCAUUGUGAUAGUAGUUUUUAGUUUUGUCUCAUUGUUUUGUAUGUUUUAAUAUAUCGUAUAAAAUAUUUAUUGUGUGAUUUGAAAAAAUCAAUAGUAGAUUGCAAUGCAGUAUGUGUGGUUUGAAGUGAUUUAUACAAUCAUUUUACUAAAUCUUCAAAUACAGCAAUUGUUAGUAAAAAUGAAGCCCCUUAUCUGUCAAUUGACCUGUAUUCGGAUAUGCGACCUGGAAGUUCAUCUGAGAUGUGAAAUCUUUUGGGUAUUGAAAAAUUCAGGAUUUCAAUAUGUGAAUGGUUUUCAUGACACUUUUUGAAGACUGAAUAGAAAAUUUUCAUCUGAAAAAUAUUAAGAAUUUGAAGUUUAAAUUUCUUUUCAAUUUAAGAUUGAUAUGCAUUUAUGUAAAAUUCUGCUGAAAAGUUUGUACACAUUAUGGGCUGAGACUUUUUUUAACCAAUGCAGGUCGUGCAAUGCAGGUAUUUUCACCUAGCAGAGGUUGACAGGUAUCAGGCAUUCGACUAGAAUUGAUAUAAAUUUCUAUUGAAAUUGUUAUAACUGUAAGAUUUCAAUGUAAAUCUUUAAAAACAUUUAAUUUAUUCAGAUUUCUGUAAUAUGGCUUAUUGUAUUUGCCAUAAAUGAUCAAAGAUAGACCUAGAUAAUAAAAUCUUAAAAAGUAAAUGGAAUAAGAAAUUAUGUUUUACAGCUCAGAAUAACACAACAGUUUCUGAUGCAUCAAACUUUAUUGUACUGAUUAAUUAUGGAGGAAAGUGGAGAAUUCCUGAAGAACCAUUUACUACCAUGCAGUAAUAUACAAGUACAGAAAAGUAAAACAAAAAUGCAAUUUAUAGUAUUAAAGAUCUUAGUUAAUAAUUGUCAACGAGAUUGAAAUGAAAAUGAUUCAAAGCAUGAGGAGAGAUGUCCAUCCCAAUCAAAAACAAAGUGUUUGGUGCAAUAUAUGAGGCCUUUAUAUUUGUAAUGUUUAUAUAUUAGUGUUUUCAUGGAAUCAUGUAUGAAAAUACUACUUCCCUAUUGUAAAUAUUCAUUUUCUCAUUGCUUUUAGUUUGUAAAUAUUAGUAGCUUUAAAAAUUCAGCAUUUUGUGGUGAUUUGUUAAAUAUCAAGUAGAAAAGUAUUGGACAGUUUGUGGAGCAAUAGGUUUCAACUUUAUUAUAAAAUAAAAGAUAAUGACAAAAGCAAAUUUCAUUUUGAAAACUCCAUUCUUGUUGUUUCUUUGACAAUAAACAAGAAAAGUGAUGCAUCUUUAUUUUAAAUUUCCUGCUGAGACCAAAUAAGUUAAUUUUUUCUCUUUCAUUCUUGUGAGUAAGAGAAAUAGCAGAUGAUAAGAUUUAAAUCAUGAAGUAAGAUUUUUGUUUCUAUUGUGAUUUUUAUUUAGAUAGACACCUGAAUAAAUGUUAGAUUGUAAUGCAAAUCUGUAAUGAUCAACUCAUACCCCUUCUGUAAAAUUUCAAAUAUAAUUAAAUUUUGAAAUCUUCUAAAUAAUUUGAUAUUUAGUAAUUAAAAAAUAAAUUCUUAGUAGAACAAAUCACCAAGAUCUCACAUAAAAGAUUCUUGAUAUUGUUUUUAAGUUGCACAUUAUGUAUGCUGUUGUAAAUAUAUGUACAUAUAGCUGGUUGCCUUAUAUUUAUGACUAGAUUUUGAUGUAUAUUUAUAGAUAUGUAAUAUUAUGUUAAUGAGAUUUUUAUUAUACCAGUGAGGUUUUGUUUAUAAUUCCAUUUGCUAGAUGAAACUAGAUCUCUUCAUUUCUCUAUUGGCAAAUUUUCAUCAAUGUAGAAUAUAUUAUUUUGUCAGAUUUUGUUUUAUUUCUUAAGUCCUACUUUUGGGUUACAUGUAAGUACGGAAAUGAGUCCGGAAUUGUUCGUUUAAGUAUUGUCACAGUACAUCCGGUUUGAAUUUUGACUUCAGAAUCGAAAGAAACGUAAGCGAUAACUGAGAAUAUUAUCGUUUUGAGCCAUUAAAAUCAUUUUAUUUUUAAACUGCUGCCUUCCCUUAAUUGCCCUACAUCGAUUUUUGGAAAAUGGUAGGACAAAUAAAGUAAAUGCGAUGCAACAGUGAAACAAGUUUGUUGAUGCUACGAACAUGACGAUCGAAUGAGCAUACUCAUAAUGAGUCUCAUGCAGUAAUGUGAUUUUGGCAAUCAUCUUUUGAAAAGGGGUAUCAACUUUUAAGUUGUAUGAAAAUGACCGAAAUUAGGUGAAAAAAAUUCCGGAUCCUUGGUUACAUGUAAAAAGUUUGAAGUUGAAUUAAGCUUACAAAGAACAGUUAAUACAACAGAACUUCUACUUGAACUCUUGAAAUGGAUUUCUUUAAAAAUUAUGACAGAUUUAAAGCUAUUUCUUUUUCAUAUUAAAUUAAAAUGUUGUAAGGCAGUUUCAUUCUAGCUUUGUAUAAUUAUCUUUUUGUUUUAAUAGUUUUUAACAUUAUCAGUAUUUUUUUAAGUUUUAACAGAAGAUACAUGUAGAUUACUAGAUAAUUUUCUCUCCUCUUUGUGUGGUUAUUUUUAUACAGAUCCAAUCAGAUGGUAUAAUAUGAGAAACAUUUAAAUGAUUAAUUGCUUUUCUGUCUUUGGAUGAAGUGAAGAAUAAAUUGAUUUCAUACUAACUUCAAAAUGAAAGUUAUCAAAAUUUCUGAGUGAUAGUCUAGACUCAGUCUCAGUAAUCAAUGCAGACAAAUUCUUUAUUUAAUUUUAUACAAUAAGUGAAAACCAGAAACUUUUAGAAUUGCCCUUCAAAGAGGGGCGAAAGAUACCAGAGAGACAGUGGGAUCAUAUGACUCUAUAUAAUACCCAUACAUAUAUUCACUUGGAUUCCGUAUCUUUGUUAAACAAAAUCUUAAAUGUCCUCUACAGUAACUGAAUAAAAUAGAUGAACUUGUAUCUUAUUUAUGCUCUUUUGGUUUGUUAUAUUAUUAUGUUGUUUUGUUAUGCAACUUUGUUUUCAAGAAAUUGAAAUUAAAUGUGAAUAAACAAAGUACAUACUUUUACCCUCAUAAAGUUUAAAAUAAAGUAGCUACACAAAAUACUUUUUUAUACAUCAUUUUCAUCCAGUAAAACUAUAUAUACUUCAGAAAAUAAUAGGUCUAUAAUAUAAUAUCUCAAUUUCUUUUUCUAAUUUGAAAUCCAAGUAAUGUAUAAACAUAGAAAUGUUUGAUGGUGAAUUUGUAUUAAAGCAUUUUAUAUAUAUUUUUAUAAAUAAUCCAAAUGUGGCUGUAAAUAAAAUACUCCUAGAUUCCUCAAAUCUCAUUAUUUCAUGUAAUAUUUUUUUGACUUUUAAGGAAUAAAAAAAAGAUUUUCAACCAGGAAACUGCUCAUAUGAUAUCCAAAAUUGUUGCUUUUGUCAGAAAUGUUAGAAAUGUCUAUCUAGUUUGAUUUCAAUGGAAAAUUUCAAGAGAAUCUAGAAAUAUUUUUAUUGUGGCCAUAUAUGAUUAUUUGAAGUGAUAAUCAUCUGACAUUCAAAAAUGAGAUUAUGGAAAGAUACUUAAAUUUAUUUUUUUUAAAUAGGAAGAUAAGUAAAUUUUCAUCAUUUGCUAUCAAAUGUUGUAUAUGUGUUUUUAGAAAUUGACAUUUUAGUGUUUUUUUUAUGUAAAAACAUUUUUUUUUUGUGAAUAAAACUUCAAUAUCAUAUAAUAUCAAAUAAAAAAGAAAUGAUAAAUUAACAUUAGCCUGGUGUAUAUCAUCCAAAUUAUCUUGCAUAGAAAAAUAUUCGGAAUUUUUAGACUUACAAUUUUCCUACCGAGUUUUAUUUUUGAAUGAUGUGUAUAGGCAGCAGUAGACUAGUCAUUAUCAGUAUUAUGUUCAUGUAAACAAAAACAUUCUCUUUUAAUAAAUUUUAAAGACUAGGAUAGAUAAUUUAAAGUAUAACAUUGCAUGUUUUCAAGAUGGUGCUUUGUUUUACCAUUUACCGGUACUUUGUUGUUUAUAGUCCUUGUAAAAAAUAAAUUCCACAACAUUUAAGUGGAUUUUGUUUUGGAGUCAGUAUACAACUUAUAAGUAUGAUGAGUAUUUCAAUGAGCCAGCUUACAGUCUCUUCAUCAUUAUUUUAAAUAUCUCCAUUGGGAUUUUUUAAUCUUUAAACUUUACCCCAUAUUGGCUAAAAUUCAAUGGAAUUAUAUAUUUUGAAUUCUGCCCAGUCACCAUGAGGUUAUUUUAGGAGUUUUAACCUUCAAAACUUUAGCAGUGGACAAAACAGAUACCUCUAAAACUUUUAACAGUGCACAAAAUGCACUGCUUCCACAGCAAUAUCUAAAUUUCAUUUAAAAUGAUGUCAAUUUCACAUAAACUUAUGGUAACAAAUAUAAUAAUUUUAUCCAUAUGUUUUUAUUUGGAAUUUGUAUGUGUAUACUGUUGAAACAUUCAGGCUACUGUUUCCCAAAAUCUCAUGUUUUAGUUGGUCCAAACUAUGGUUUAUAGUCUUCAUAGUAGGAAUACCUCUUUUAAGAUUUGAAAGUAGGAUAAAUGGCCUUGUAAGCAGCAUGUUCUUGUUAUCAUUGAAUAGUUUUGUUAUAGGAUUUGUAUUGGUGCAGUUCAGUUUGUUUAUAAGUUCAUAGUUUUAUAUUAUAGAUUUAGAAAAAAAUGAUAAAAGUCUGGUGGGUUAUUGGUGGAAACAUAAACACAUGCUUAUUUAUUGAUGUGAUUGCUUUACUGCAUUUGAUAAAUAUUUGGAAUUUGUAGAAGUGCAGCUUGGUUUUAAAGAAAAUUUAUUUGUGUUUAUAACAAUUUCAUAUCCCAUAAACAUUACUAAUUUAGAGAAACUACGUUGUGAAUAAAUAGUUUAUUUACCACAAAAUAAAUUUUUGCACUUGAAACAAUAUAAUUUGAAUAAAGCAUUUGAAUUUUCUAAGGUAUUACCGGUACCUUUAGAUUUAGACAAAAAAUGUUUAUUAAAUGUUGUUGAAUUUCUUUCAAUAAAAUUUUUAAAAAUGAUUUUCAUCGAUUUUUGGAAUCUACAGUGACAGUUUUAGUAAAGAUUUAUGAAAUGAAACCUGAAUAAUUUUGAAUUGUAAUGGUGAGCUCACCACCAGAACUAGAAAAAUUCAAGAAUUGUUUAACUGAAAGCUAUAUUUUUAACCAAAGAAUUCAUUGGACUUGUUUUUCAUUCCCCAAAAGCAUUCACCAUAAUCAGAUUAUUUUUAAUCAGAAAUUGUACUGCUUAAGAAAUGUCAAAGUACAAAUUUAUCAUUUAAUUAUUAUUUUGUGUAAAUUGUUUUGUUAUAUUGAAGUAUAUUAUUUGUUAAAAUAUAUCUUUUUUUUUAAAUUGUGAUUUAUAACCUUUGUUACAUGUAGAAUCUAUUUUCAAGGUACUGCUCAUAGGUUGUAAUUUUAUAAUAAAAGAAUUGUAAAAAGAUAUUUAUAUCUGUCAUAUUUGAAAGACUCCUUCCCCCCCCCCCUAAUUUUUUUAUGAAUGAGUCACACUGGUUGACCCAUGGUCAAUCAUUAUAAAUAAGUUCUUGAUGUCAUUGAACAAUCAGUUUUUACUGUGACAGAAAAACAGAAAAAUUGUGACUUAAGAAAAGUAUGAAAAUAAUCUACUGAGGAUGGUCAAAUUUAAAUUUUCUUUAUAAGUUUCACAAGGGGAGUUAAAUAAAUAAUUUAGUUCUUAAUACUAGAUUUAAAAUAAUUGUUUGUUAACAAAUUUUGAAAAGAUUUUUUUUCAGUUAGAAGUUGAAUCUUAUUCCAAAAUUAUCAUAAAAUUGUCCAUGGAAUAAGCUGCUUAGAACUAUUUUACCAGGAUAUUAGACAUAAUUUUUGAAGGUGCUUAUUUUUCUUUAUACUCAAACCAAUCCACUCACGAACUGGCCUUCUGGGCAGUACCUUGAAUAGAGAAUAAUUAAGUGCAGCAGAUGCCAUUUUAAUAUUGUUUUCAUCAAAUUUUGUAUCACUGAAUCUCAUGCCCUUUUUGCCACAUUACAAAUUCAUUGCCGUCUGAAGAAUUUUAUCAGAUAACUAAUAGUGUUAAGUGUCAGGAUUUUUCUCAUUUCUUAGCUUGUGAUGAACAUCAAAGAAUAUGAGACAUAAAUAUUACAAAUUCUUCAGCAAAUAAAAUUAAAUAUAAAUGUUGUGUUCAGUCAAUUCUAGAAUGAGUUCUUGGUCGACUAUAUUCAGUAAGUUGCAAUUUGUUAAGAAAUUAAUGCAUUUUGCUAGAAUGUAUGAUGUCAGAUACCCCCUUUAUUUACAAUUUAGUCAUGUUAGUGGUGUGUAGUUAUUUACACACUGGAAUUUACAUUUUCUGAUCUGUCCGAAAUUUAUUAUUAAAUAAUCAGAAAUAUUAUAAAUCUGAUGUUGAUGUAUAAGCAUCUAUGCAUCUUUUCAUAUUCAAACUAACAUAUGUCAAUACCGGUAAAGCCCUCAGUCAACCUACAGCGACUUUUUUUUAGAAGGGGGUGGAAUGUUGAGGCUUUUGAGCAGUGGGGUAUUGUUUAGUUUUUUUACAUUUUCAAUCCAAAAAUAAAUUUUUGUGUUAUCUGGUCAGUCAUGUCCUCAUUAUUGAAAGUUUAUAUUUUAUAAGACUUCAUAGUUACCAAUUCAAUGUAGAAUAUGAGACUGUAGUCCCUUGAUUUUAUUAAAGUGAUUUUGAAAUUAUAUAGGGCAAAGUUUUAUUUGAUUUUAUCAUGUUUAUACAUUUUAAAAUAUAUUCUUGUCAAAA